AGGCCCAACACCACCAACCUACACCAACGCUCGGUUGUCGCUGAAUUCCAUAUACACACCAAAUCAAUCGCACGCUCGGAUAACCGCCAAAAUGGUCAAGCUCGAAGAGGUCAUGGAUGAGGAGUUUGUGCGCGAGCAGGAGGGCCCGCAUGACGACGAUGAGUGGGACACCGACUCUGAGUCAGACACAUCCUCGAUCCACUCCGUACAGCCAGACGAAUCCCUCUACGAGCGCAUUCUCGCCUUACAAGACAUGAUCCCUGCCAGCACACGCCGUUCCGUCUCUUCAAAAGCAAACACAAUCUCUUCAUGGUUCAAGAGCGGCCUGAACAUGGGCGGCAAGACUCUCUGGGUAGUGAGCACAAGUGCGCUGCUUCUGGGUGUGCCAUGGGCAUUGGCAUACAGCGAGGAGCAGAUGAUUGUCGAGCAGGAGAGAGCUGAGCUGCAGGCACAGAGGGCGCAGAACGAGUUCAUGGCUCCCGGUGCGCCGACACCUGGUCAGCCGACAGGCGCGAAGCCUGCUUUGUAGACGACAAAAACUUCGAUUUGGCGUUUCGACUGAUAGUUGCUCGACCCUGACCAUUGAGCUCUUCACACCUGUUUUACUAGGAUGGCGGUGCAUGGAACGGGGC